AUGGCUGUGCCCCCUUCGGCUCCCCUGCCGUGCUCGCCCUUUUACCUGAGGAGGCAGGCGCCUUGCCCGCAGUGCUCAUGGGGCAUGGAGGAGAAGGCUGCGGCCGGCGCGGGCUGCCGGGAACCGCCGGGCCCCCCGAGGGCCGCCGCCGUCCCGUGCUUCGGCAUAUCCGUGGACCAGGACGACAUCCUCCCCGGCGCCCUGCGCCUCAUCCGGGAGCUGCGGCCGCUUUGGAAGCCCCAGCAAGUUCGGACCAAGCGCUUCACUGAUGGCAUUACCAACAAGCUGGUGGCCUGCUACGUGGAGGAGGACAUGCGGGACUGUGUGCUGGUCCGGGUGUACGGGGAGCGGACGGAGCUGCUGGUGGACCGGGAGAAUGAGGUCAGGAACUUCCAGCUGCUGCGAGCACACGGCUGCGCCCCCAAACUCUACUGCACCUUCCAGAAUGGGCUGUGCUACGAGUACAUGAGGGGCAUGGCCCUGGGGCCAGAGCACAUCCGUGAGCCCCGGCUCUUCAGGCUAAUUGCCUUAGAAAUGGCAAAGAUUCACACCAUCCACGCCAACGGCAGCCUGCCCAAGCCCAUCCUCUGGCAUAAGAUGCACAAUUAUUUCACCCUUGUGAAGAACGAGAUCAACCCCAGCCUUUCUGCAGAUGUCCCUAAGGUCGAGGUGUUGGAACGGGAGCUGGCCUGGCUGAAGGAGCACCUGCCUCAGUUGGACUCCCCUGUGGUGUUUUGCCACAACGACCUGCUCUGCAAGAACAUCAUCUACGACAGCACCAAAG